AAACAGUUUGUCUCCUUCAGGGAUCAUCGAGGUUCUGAUGUGUCGACACAAAGCUAGAAACGCUCUGGGACAUGUUUUUGUCUCACAGAUGAGGGUGCUGGUGUCCUGUCUGUCCUCUGACCAAGCAGCUCGUGUGGUCGUCUUCAGGAGCUCAGUUCCAGGUGUUUUCUGUGCAGGGGCAGACCUGAAGGAACGCUCUCAGAUGGAUCACACUCAGUCUGAUCUGUUUGUUCACAGCCUGAGAUCCCUCAUGACUCAGAUAGCAUUGUUGCCCAUGCCCACCAUCGCGGCGGUGGAUGGCGUUGCUGUGGGCGGGGGGCUGGAGCUGGCUCUGGCCUGUGACCUUCGCACUGCAGCGUCCUCAGCUCAGAUGGGUCUGAUCGAGACGACUCGGGGGCUGCUGCCGGGGGCAGGUGGCAGUCAGCGUCUACCCAGGACAGUCGGCAUACCUCUGGCCAAAGAGCUCAUCUUCACAGGAAGGUGUGUGGACGGGGUCUCAGCUCUUCAGAUGGGUCUUGUGAACAGAUCAGUGGAUCAGAAUCAGACAGGAGAUGCUGCCUACAGAGAAGCUCUGAGCCUGGCCAGAGAGAUCCUCCCCCAGGCCCCUCUGGCGGUGGGACUGGCUAAAGAGGCUAUAAACAGAGGGAUGGAGGUAAACAUGAGUUCAGCCAUGGCCAUCGAGAGGAUGUGUUACGCUCAGGUGAUCCCAACACGGGACAGACAGGAGGGCAUGGCUGCUUUCAUAGAGAAGAGACCCCCACGAUACACUGGAGAGUGAACACACAAACACACACACACACACACACGCACAGAGCUCACAUUAAUGUGAGCACAUGUUGAAGGUCAGAGUGUUGAGGAGGAAGUGUUAUUGAUCGAAGAGCUGUAACGCCAUUUUUGAACUGAUUCUGAUUGUUUAUUUUCACAUGAAUUUGAUGUUUGUAAUAAAAGUUCACUGACACACGUUGUCUCCACUUUA